UAACCCUUGAACCUUUCACCCUACAGUGGCGUAUGACUUAACUUCUAAAAGCUUUCUUUUCCUCUGCCUGUGACAAGGAAUGAGUUCCAGAGCUGUAGCUGUGAAGAAAUACAGUCAGCUGGGAAACGUGCAUGCAGCAUGAUGCCUCAUAGGAAGAUCUAGAUGUAAAUGUUGCAGAAACCAGCUGUGCAGAUCAACAUGGAGUCUCCAGUGAAGGCUAAGAAGGCAACUGUCGCUGCAGGCCCAUCAGCAGCCCCUGACGGCGGAUACGCCUGGUUCAUACUGCUCUCUUGUUUUUUGGUAUUUGGCCUGACUUUUGGGGUCAUCAAGUCUUUUGGUGUGUUUUUUGUCGAGAUACACCAUUACUUUAAAACCACAGCGACAGAAACAUCUUGGAUCACAUCCAUUGCAGUGGCUGUCAUUCAUAUCAUAGCUCCGAUAGCAUCCGCUCUGAGCGCUCACUUCAGCCAUCGCUCUGUCGUGAUGAUGGGGGGCCUGAUCUGUAGUGUAGGAGUCAUAACUGGAUCUUUCGCAAGAAACUUACUGGAACUCUACUUAACAGUGGGAUUCCUCAAUGGACUUGGCUAUGCAUUAACUUGGACCCCCACGGUGACCAUGCUGGGCUUGUACUUUGAUAGGAGGCGUCCAGUUGCCAACGCCAUAGCCAGCUCCGGAGAGUGCAUCCUUACCUUUGUUCUUACGCCGCUGUUCCAGCUCUUGAUCGACAGCUACUCUUGGAGAGGUGCUAUGCUGAUCCUGGGUGGUCUGCAGCUUAACCUGUGUGUGUGUGGGCUUCUGCUGAGGCCUCUACAAGCACCCGGACACUCGAUGCUGUUAAAUGCAACCAAAGAAGAAGGGGAAGAACUGCUCACUAAAGUUGACUUGGAUCACAGCAAAACAAGCCCUUCAGAAGAUCAAGAAACCAAAGAGAAAGCUCCCAAACAAGCAGAAAGAAAUGAGAGAAGGAUCGAGAAAACCCAACUAACGACCAGAAUCCGUCACUACGUAGAUUAUACCCUCCUCACCAACCCUCAUUUCAUUGUCUACUCUCUGUUUGGGAUGUUUGCCGCCUUGGGUUUCUUUGCACCAGCUCUGUUCCUUGUUCCAUAUGCUCGCAGUAAAGGGGUUGAAGAGUACCAGGCGGCUUUACUCAUGUCCAUUUCUGCAGCAAUGGACCUGUUUGGAAGAUUGUUCUUUGGGUGGGCGGCAAACCUGAGACUGGUGGAGACGGUGCAGCAGCUGACGGUGACGGUGAUCUUGCUGGGUUCAGUCUUACUGCUCUGCCCUCUGGCCUCCACCUUCUUGGAGUUGGCUGCUUUCAGCGCAGCCUACGGCCUGGUGUUCGGCGCCACGGUGGCCAUCCACAUCACCGUGCUGGCUGAGGUGGUGGGCGUCCACAGGCUGGGGAGUGCACUGGGGUUAUUCAUGCUCAUACGCAGCAGCACAGGCCUGCUCGGACCACCCAUGGCUGGCUUCUUCAUUGACAAGAUGAGCGAUUAUGGGACGGGUUUCCUCAUGGCAGGGGUGGCUCUCAUUGUGUCGGCUCUGUUCCUGCUUCUACUUCGUCAGAUGAACCGCAGAGGUCAGGGGUCACGUACCAAUAACCCCAGCACGCAUACAGACAAUAUGGGACAAAGCCAAGGAGCUGAGGCAUGAGACUCAGACACGACGGGAAUAAAGAAAAACAGUCUCUGCAGUAAACGGUUGAAACAAGAGCCGCAACUCAAGGAAGGAACGUUAUUGUUUUAUUACUAGGAGUUGUUUUUCUUGACUCUUGGAGACUACAGGAGCUGUGGAAUUCAGACGUUACAGCCAAUCUGCACUACAUCAAUCACACCGUCUACAGAAAAUGUCAUGGAGGAGGAUGAAAUGCAGAAUAAAAUUUACUUCUUACAGUGCAAAUGAAAAACUGAGAUAAAUGUAGCACAAUAGACGUAACUGUUCGGAGCUUUUAUGAGCCUCAGGAAUCUGCACAAUGUAUGAAGAACAUGAAAUUAAAUUUGGUGUGUGUUUUCCAUACGUUUUCUUACAGUUACUGAAUGUUUUUACCCCAUUAAUGUACAGUUCUGUAUUUGUAAAUGCUGGGUGAAAGUGAAAGUGAAAAGUGAAAAUAUGCCUAUAGCUCCCUCCAGUGAGAGACAUCUGAUAUUGCAUUUGCAGCCUU